GUGUAUUAUGGCUGCGCUCUAGGAUGCGUGGAGUGUCGGGGAAAUUUGAUUUCAUUCUUUGACGGGGUCUAAUUUAUUGAUUUUCCACUAUGUCUGCGAGUAUGUUGCUUACAAACGUACGCAGGCUUGGUCAUUAUUCUAUCAAGGCCCGACGGCCGGUUUUAGCGAGUUUUUAUCACACGCAGCGGGGUGUCUACGGUUACAAACCGAGAGAGAGUCCGGUGAGAGACUCUGAGCUUCCGCAGAUCUCUGCGCUGAAUCAAGAUCACGGGCUGGCGCGACUGGUGGAGGCCUAUCGAGCACAUGGACACAAAGUUGCUAAAAUUAACCCGUUGCUUCCUCACGCUCCUGUCCUGGAGAGCGUGCCAGAGAUCAGCCUGUUGAAUGGAGCUGUCCAAGGACUUCUUAACACUACUGGAUUACGGCAUUUUGGGAAAGCCGAGGCAACCGCAGAGGAGGUUGUGGCCUACCUGGAGAGAACAUACUGUGGGGGAAUCUCAGUGGAAACCAGUCAACUCCAAAGCAUGCAGGAAAGAGAGUGGUUUGCUGACCGCUUUGAGGAGCUCAAGAAAGAGGCGUUUCCUCCAGAGGAGAGGCGACAGCUAGCAAAACUAAUGCUUGAAUCUCAGGAAUUUGACCACUUCUUAGCCACCAAGUUUGCAACAGUGAAACGUUAUGGAGGCGAAGGAGCAGAGAGUAUGAUGGGAUUUUUCUACGAGCUCUUCCGCUCUGCAGCCUACAGUGGCGUGACUGACGUGGUCAUGGGCAUGCCUCACCGGGGACGGCUCAACCUACUCACUGGACUACUGCAGUUCCCCCCUGAGCUCAUGUUCCGUAAAAUGAGAGGUCUGAGUGAAUAUCCGGAGAUUUCUCCUUCUAUUGGUGAUGUGCUGUCACAUUUAACCUCUUCGGUGGAGCUGGAGUUUGGAGCGGGACAUCCUCUCCAUGUCACAAUGCUACCCAACCCCUCCCACCUGGAGGCCAUCAACCCAGUCACACAAGGCAAGACUCGAGGCCGACAGCAAGUCAAACAGGAUGGAGAUUACUCCAGCGACCCUCAUUCUCGGCCUGGAGACAAAGUCAUCUGCCUGCAGGUUCAUGGCGAUGCUUCAUUCUCAGGCCAAGGCAUUGUAACAGAAACCUUCACCCUGUCAAACCUCCCCCAUUUCAGAGUAGGUGGAAGCAUCCACCUCAUCGUGAAUAAUCAAGUGGGCUAUACCACUCCCUCUGAGAGGGGGCGGUCGACCCUCUAUUGCAGUGAUGUUGGUAAAAUGGUGGGAUGUGCAAUAAUCCAUGUGAAUGGUGGCGACGCAGAGGAGGUCCUCCGAGCGACCCGGCUGGCCUUGGAGUACCAGCAACACUUUAGGAAAGACGUUAUUGUGGAUCUGCUCUGUUACCGUCAGUGGGGGCACAAUGAACUGGACGAGCCCUCUUUUACGAAUCCGGCAAUGUAUAAAAUCAUCCGGUCGAAAAAAAGUAUUCCAGAUUCAUACGUCGACCAGCUGGUCUCAGAAGGUCUGAUGACGGAGGAGGAAUGCGGUCAGAUCAAGACCACCCACUACGCCAUGCUCAAUGACCGGCUGAGCAACAUGACCCUCUAUAUCCCCCCCCCCACCAAUCUCCAGGGGCGCUGGGGAGGUCUAGUGGAGCCCCAGAACAGAGUCUCAUCCUGGGACACUGGUGUAGCGGUGCCCCUCCUGCAGUUCGUAGGUGCCAAAUCAGUGGACAUACCUGAGGAAAUACAACUACACAGUCACCUGAGGAAGACACAUGUGCAGGCUCGGCUACAGAAACUUGAAGAGGGCACAAAACUGGACUGGUCCACAGCAGAGGCCCUGGCAUUUGGCACACUGCUGUGCCAGGGCUUCAACAUCCGUAUCAGCGGUCAAGAUGUGGGUCGGGGGACGUUCAGCCAACGUCACGCCAUGGUUGUGUGUCAGGAGACCAACGACAUGUAUAUCCCCCUCAAUCACAUCAACUCUGAACAGAGAGUUCACCUGGAGGUGUGUAACAGUGCUCUUUCUGAAGAGGCUGUAUUAGGUUUUGAAUACGGGAUGAGCAUUGCACUGCCAAAACUGCUGCCUAUUUGGGAAGCUCAGUUUGGAGAUUUCUUCAAUGGCGCCCAGAUUAUAUUCGACACUUUUCUAUCUGGAGGUGAGGCUAAAUGGCUCCUUCAGAGUGGAUUGGUCAUUUUAUUGCCUCAUGGGUACGAUGGAGCCGGACCAGAACAUUCAUCCUGCCGAAUCGAGAGAUUUUUACAGCUCUGUGACAGUAAAGAAGAGGGUGUGGACUGUGACACAGUGAACAUGGGGGUCGUUAACCCUACACUACCAGCUCAAUACUUCCAUCUCUUGCGGAGACAGAUGAUUAGAAACUUCCGAAAACCGUUGAUCGUAGCUUCUCCCAAAACUUUGCUCCGCUUCUCUGGGGCAGUAUCAAGCUUGGCUGAAAUGGGACCAGGAACUUCAUUCAAGCCUGUCAUUGGUGAUACUUCUGUAAAUCCUCCAAGCGUGCAGCGGGUUCUGUUGUGUUCAGGUAAACAUUACUAUGCUUUGCUGAAGCACAGAGAGACGUUACCAGAGGCAUUAAAAAACACAGUGCUAAUCAGGGUCGAGGAACUGUGUCCUUUCCCUACAGAGGCCCUGCAAAUGGAACUAAAUAAAUACACAAACGCCAAAGAGUUUAUUUGGAGUCAAGAGGAGCCACAGAAUAUGGGCAGUUGGUCAUUUGUAGCACCAAGAUUUGAAAAACAGUUAGCAUGCAAGUUGAGGUUAGUCAGUAGACCAGCGCUGCCCGCUCCCGCCGUGGGUAUCGGCAAUCUCCACCACCAGCAACAUGAAGCCAUCCUGACUGCUUCCUUCUCCUGAGUCCACAGAUACUACAACCAUACAUGAACAAUCUUUCAACAAACAAAUAAAUGAUCAUUGUAGCUGAUGUGCUACUACUGGUCUGGCAUACUAAGAGCAAAUGCAAAGCUUUGUCAAUAAUUGUUCAGGCAACAUAGGAAAAUUGCUGAUUUAAUCUUUGAACGCAUAAACGUAUAGUACACACAAGGGAACAUCUGUUAACCGAACAUUUCUGGCACAUGGUUGUGACUUUGUAGUUACACAGAUGUUGUAUAGAAGGUAAGUAGAAGUCUGAUGAAGCAUACAUAAAAGUGUGCAGUAUGUAUGGUUUUUCAAAGCACUUAAAAUGUACAGUUAUAGGUGUUGGAUAACUGUAGGGAGACAUGUAAAGAAUAGAAAUAAUGAUUAUGGUAGCGUGUUUUAAACCCAUUUAAUGGGCCUUGUAAUGUUACAGAACUGGUAGUUUGAAAAGGACACUACAAGUUUGGCACAAGAUCAAACCGUUGGUGCAUUAAAUGUUUAAAAGCGAGUCAUCAAUGGAUACUUGAGUUGUUGAGUUUUACCAGAUGAAUGUAGAAUCAGUAUGGAGAGCUUCCAAAUCAAUCGCUGUAUGUUUACGCAAUGAAACAAAGCAUUGACGACAAAUUAUUGAAAAUUCUCACAAAAGCUGAAGACAAUGAAAUCACACAGUAUAGUUGUUCAUCAGAGUGUUUGCACUGCUAUAAAUGUUUGCUUUUUAACACAGCCAUAAUGAGCCCAUUCAAAUCCCACAUUUUUAUAAUGUGAAAUUUUAUGCAUUGUUUCCAAAAGUGGUGCUGUUGUGUGAAUGAAACUGAAUUUGUAUUUGAACGCUCGUUCUAGAUAUAAAAUAAA